AUGUGGCAGGUGCUUAAUCCAAAUGCAUGGACUACCUCCCAGCCAACCCUCUUUGGUACUAGGUCCAACCCCCCCGGAUCAGUUGAAAAUGCUGCUACACCGCUUGCCCCAUUCUACAAGUGGCCAAGCACGCCGUGGACUUCAAAUACCGCUAGGGAUACCAAGUAUUUCUAUUACAACUAUCCAGAAACUAAUGGCCUUAGCGCCGCCGACCUACGGGUCCGGAUACAGCGACUAUACGGCGGAACGGCCCCGCAAAACCAAGUUCGAGGGGGUGCAGCUUCCAAACGUUCCUAUUCUGCCAGCUCACUUGUCUCCGAUGGCAAAUAUCACGAAUGGUCCGCUAAUAUCCGCCUUAACAAACAUCAAACGAGCGGGACAUAUCUCAUCCAUAUCUUCAUCGGCUCACCAAGUAACGGAGUUGAAUGGACUAGCGACCCCAAUUUUGUUGGGAGCUACUACCUUUUGACGAAGAAUGGAACUUGCAGUGAUUGCUCUGAUAACGCUCUUGUGACAGGAUCCGUUCCCUUGACUCAUAUGUUGAUUGACUGUGCUAAGGGUGGUAAGCUCAAGGAUUUGUCUCCAGAGAGUGUUAUCCCGUAUUUGAAGACUAAGCUACAUUGGCGCGUGCAACUGCCCGGCAAUAAUGGUGGUUACAUCAAUCCUCAGGACGUCAGGUCCCUCAAAAUCUCCGUCACAUCAGCUACUGUUACGCUUCCAUUGUCAUCAGGUCAAGAUGCGCCAAUCACCAAAUGGACCACUUAUUAUGAUGUCACGAAUCAAAAGCCCGGCGGUCUCUGUUACGGCGACCCCAACUAA